GGGAGAGUGGAUAUAGUGAAUGCGGGGUCCGGGGAGAACGGAUAUAGUGAAUGCGGGUUCGGGAGAGUGGAAAUAGUGAAUGCAGGGUCCGGGGAGAGGGGAUAUAGUGAAUGCAGGGUCCAGGGAGACCAGAUAUAGUGAAUGCGGGGUCCGGGGAGAGCGGAUAUAGUGAAUGCGGGGUCCGGGGAUUAUUAUGAAAGCAUUCUGUGGGAGACCAGAUAUAGUGAAUGCAGGGUCCUAGGUUUAGUAACACUUUAUGUGGCA